GCGUCCCGCGGGCGCGGAGCCGAUGGCGCUGGGAGGAAGGAUGCGCCUGAGCCGCGUCUGCUGCGUCUUCUACCAGCUGUGCGUGCUGUCAAGCGGGCUCGGCGCAGGUCUCCAUGCUUCAGAAGAGACUGAGGAGUGGGAGAUUGUCUUCCCUGCACUGUGGAGCCCGGGCCAGCAGGAGCCAGCGGGUGGCAGUGGUGGUGGUGGUGGGGGUUGCAACGUUGACCCCAGUAGUGGGAACCGAAGCAGCACUUUCAGUGCCCCAGUCACACCUAGCCCAGUGGCUGGCAGCUCCCGAGAGGUGCGUUCAGUCUCCUCCUCGGUGGAUGGGCAGGCACAGGCUGUAGGGGAGGCAACAGAGGAAGAGGACACUGAGGAUGAGUAUGAGUCUCAGGAGUUUUACCACUGGUCCCCCCUACCCCAGGGAACUGGUGCUGCCUCUCAGUUGCCAACACCACCAUCCCCACCGCCACCACCUCCAGCAGAGGAUGGAGAUGAAGUGCUGCUGAGGAUCCCAGCUUUUGCUCGGGAACUCUACCUGCUGCUCAAGAGGGACAGCCGCUUCCUGGCUCCUGGCUUUGCUGUGGAAGAGCGGCUUGGGGGUGAAGGCAAAAGUCCACCCAGUGCUACACAGUCGCAACCUGAGAGAGCUUGUUACUACAGUGGUGCUGUCCUCCGCUACCCGGGCUCCUUUGCCUCCUUCAGUACCUGUGGUGGACUGAUGGGGUUUAUACAGAUUAAUGAGGACUUCAUAUUUAUUGAGCCACUCAAUCGCACUUUGGCUGUGACAGGACAUGCACACAGGGUGUACAGACGGAAAAGGUCCAUAGAGGAGAAAAUUUCUGAAAAGCCACCUUCUCAGAAUCAUUACUGUGGUGUUGUUACAGAUAAAGGAAAAUCCAAGACUCAAAAAGUGUCUGAAAGUGGAAGAGGAAAGCGAUACUCUUACAAGUUGCCUCAAGAGUACAACAUAGAAACUGUUGUGGUGGCAGAUCCAGCUAUGGUUUCGUAUCAUGGAACAGAUGCUGCCAGAAGAUUUAUUCUAACCAUCUUAAACAUGGUUUUUAAUCUUUUCCAACACAAGAGUCUAGGAUUACAAGUAAAUCUUCGGGUGACUAAGCUUGUCCUUCUUCAUGAGACUCCUGCAGAUAUGUAUAUUGGACAUCAUGGUGAAAAAAUGCUGGAAAGCUUUUGUAAAUGGCAACAUGAAGAAUUUGGCAAGAAGAAUGAUAUACAUUUAGAAAUGUCGACAAGCUGGGGAGAAGACAUGACUUCAGUUGAUGCAGCCAUACUGAUAACAAGGAAGGAUUUCUGUGUACAUAAGGAUGAACCAUGUGAUACUGUUGGUAUAGCAUACCUGAGUGGAAUGUGCAGUGAAAAACGAAAAUGUAUAAUUGCAGAGGACAAUGGUCUGAAUCUGGCUUUUACAAUUGCCCAUGAAAUGGGUCACAAUAUGGGGAUAAACCACGACAAUGACCACCCAUCCUGUGCAGAUGGUGUCCACAUCAUGUCUGGGGAAUGGAUUAAAGGACAGAAUCUUGGGGAUGUUUCAUGGUCUCAGUGCAGCAGAGAAGAUCUGGAAAGAUUUCUCAGGUCAAAGGCCAGUAACUGUCUGGUACAGACGAAUCCUCAGAGCCUCAAUUCUGUGAUUAUUCCCUCCAAGCUCCCAGGAAUGACGUACACUGCAGAUGAGCAGUGUCAGAUUCUUUUUGGACCAACUGCUUCCUUUUGCCAAGAAAUGCAGCAUGUCAUUUGCACUGGGUUGUGGUGUAAGGUGGAAAGUGAGAAGGAAUGCAAAACUAAACUGGAUCCACCAAUGGAUGGAACAGACUGUGACACUGGAAAGUGGUGUAAGGCUGGAGACUGUAUCAAUCGGACCUCUUUCACGGAGCAUAUGGAGGGGGAGUGGAGCGCAUGGAGCACUUGUAGCCGUACUUGCAACACCGGAAUCAGCAGUCGACAACGCAAAUGCCCUGGAUCAGGCCUUGAAGGACAAUGUCAUGGGCCCACAAUGCAGUAUAGGGUAUGUGAAAAUCCUUCCUGUCCUGCUGGUGUGCCUGCCUUUAGGGACUGGCAGUGCCAAGCUUUCAGUGUCAGAUCUUCAUAUCAGAAACAUGUGCACCAGUGGCAAGCUGUCAUUGAUGAUGAAAAGCCGUGUGCUUUAUUCUGUUCACCGGCUGGAAAGGAUCAACCUGUUCUUCUAACAGAAAAGGUGAUGGAUGGGACGUCCUGUGGCCAGCAUGGGCUAGAUGUCUGUGCAGAUGGUAGAUGCCAGAAAUUUGGCUGUGAUGGUAUAUUAGGAUCUCUGGCUCGUGAAGAUCAUUGUGGUAUAUGCAAUGGUAAUGGAAAGUCAUGCAAAGUUAUUAAAGGUGAUUUUAACCAUACCAGAGGAGCAGGUUAUGUGGAAGCUUUGGUGAUACCUGCAGGAGCAAGAAGAAUCAAAGUUGUGGAAGAAAAACCAGCUCACAGUUAUUUAGCUCUUAGGGAUGCUGGAAAACAGUCAAUCAAUAGUGAUUGGAAGAUAGAACAUUCUGGAACAUUCAAUAUUGCCGGGACCACAGUCCAUUAUGUUCGGAGAGGUCUCUGGGAGAAAAUAUCAGCCAAAGGUCCCACAACAUCACCCUUACAUUUACUGGUGCUCCUCUUCCAUGACCAGAGCUAUGGUUUACACUAUGAAUACACAAUCCCAUUGGAUCCUCUCCCUGAAAAUCAGAGCUCUAAAGUACCAGAGCCACUUUUCAUGUGGACACAUUCUACCUGGGAAGACUGUGAUGCUGUAUGUGGAGGAGGUGAAAGAAAGACAACAGUCUCUUGCACGAAGAUUAUGAACAAGAAUAUCAGUCUUGUGGACAACAAGAAGUGCAAAUAUUUAACAAAACCUGAACCACAGAUCCGCAAGUGCAACGAACAGCCCUGCCAGACAAGAUGGAUGAUGACAGAAUGGACACCAUGUUCAAGGACAUGUGGAAAAGGAACCCAGAACAGACAAGUAGCCUGCACACAGCAGCUCAGAAAUGGGACCCUGAUCAGAGCUAGGGAGAGGGAUUGUCUGGGACCAAAGCCUGCAUCUGCACAGCGCUGUGAAGGCCAGGACUGCAUGACUGUGUGGGAGGCCGGAGUCUGGUCUGAGUGCUCUGUAAAGUGUGGUAAGGGAGUACGGCAUCGGACUGUGAGGUGCACCAAUCCACGCAAGAAAUGUGUUUUGUCCACAAGACCUAAAGAAGCAGAGGACUGUGAGGACUAUUCCAAAUGCUAUGUCUGGAGAAUGGGAGACUGGUCUAAGUGCUCUGUCACCUGUGGCAAAGGAAUGCAGUCUCGAGUCAUCCAGUGCAUGCACAAGAUCACGGGAAGGCAUGGCAAUGAAUGCUUUUCUUCAGAAAAGCCUGCAGCCUACAGACCCUGUCAUCUCCAUCCCUGCAAUGAGAAAAUUAAUGUUAAUACAAUAACAUCACCCAGGUUAGCUGCUUUGACAUUCAAGUGCCUAGGAGACCAGUGGCCUGUGUACUGCAGAGUUAUAAGGGAGAAGAACCUCUGUCAAGACAUGAGGUGGUAUCAGCGAUGCUGUGAGACGUGCAGGGACUUUUAUGCGCAAAAAAUGCAACAAAAGAGCUGA